CUGGCAAAUAGACAACAACACCGGAUUGAGGAAAUUGACGAGGGCAUACUAUGUGCAAAACAAACUUGUUUAAAGCUGACAGCCAUGCAGCCCGAGCUGUUUCACUCACUAUCGCAUCUAAGAAGAGGACAGCUCCUCCCUAGUGCACUAGACCCGAGGACAGCAUCCAGCGUGGUGUUCGCUAACACUUCAAGUCAUGCGUUUUUUGUACGCGAUCCCGAUGUUGUUGCUGAUGGUGCUCGGAGAUGCUGCUGACGCCUGGGGCCCCGGUGCUAAAUACGCCGUCAACUGCCCGGACAAAUGCAACCCCGCGCUGUGCGGCUCGACGCAGCGCUGCAGGCGCACGGUGCUGGAUGACUGCGGAUGCUGCCAGGUCUGCGCCGCGGGACGGGGAGAGCACUGCUACCGGACCGUGUCCGGGAUGCACGGCGUUAAGUGCGGACCGGGACUCUUCUGCGACUUCUACAAGGAUGAGGACGAUUAUGGAGAUGAAUAUGGCAUCUGUAAAGACUGCAUGUACGGAACGUAUGGCAUGGAAUGUCGGAAAACGUGCAACUGUAAAGCAGGUGGAUUGUGUGACAGGGAAACGGGCGCUUGUCUCUCCUUUAAAUUCUUGGCUAAAAUGGCCAUGCUGAAAUCUCAUUCAAGUGAAGGUAAUGAAGUGGGUUCGGGCGACGGCAACACUGCAACCAGCAGCAAUCGCUCUUCCGCUCGCAAUUUUCUCACCCCUCGCUGACAGCAACUCUCCAUCUUCGGUUUAGUCAGUGUACAUGUAGCAUAAUAAAUUAAAGGACCAAAUGGAUAUAUUUUAAUAUGUUUAAAGGGUCAUGCGUUUUAUUCUGUAUAUUUUACAGAUGUGUAUGCCAGUUACGUCUUUAUUCCAACGCAUGUCUACAUGCAUUCACAUGCACACAAAUAAACAUAGUUUAAAGCAGAGUUUGAUAUCACAAUAAUCAUGUUCCCGCAGGGGCUCAUUAUGCUGAAAUACAUAACUGAGAUGUCAAAAUUGUGGUUGAACUGAAUGAAGACACACAAACUCUUUUACAUUAUGAAUGUAUUACAAUUAAAUCAUAUUUAAUGAGAUAUGUAUUCUAAGAUUAUACACCAGACUCACUUCCAAGGAGGUUAUUAUAAAUUAUGGACUGUAUAUCCUUCAAAUCUGUGUUUAAAUUAUUCUCUGUGAAUCUUUGCUUUAAAAAAAACCCUCUUGAAAGAGAUAUGAAUUCUUACUGCUUUAUGUAUGAGAUUUAAAUUAAACAAAGUAAUUAUAUGAGGAAAAAUA